AUGGCUGCCAUCGCCCACUCCGCGUCGCUUCUCUGCGAGGCCUCCCUCGCCGCCGCGCGUUCGGCUAGCUCGCUGCCGUCCCACUCAGGCCUGAAGGCCGAGCCCCGCGUGGCUGUCCGCAGCCUGCGCGCGCAGCGCGCCAAGACCGCCAAGCCCAUGAUGGUGCGCGCGAGCGCGGGAGCCACCGUGGAGGGAUUCGAAGUGAAGGCGGUGCCGACGUCGCCGAUCGAGGGGCAGAAGACGGGGACGAGCGGGCUGCGCAAGAAGGUGAAGGUUUUUCAGGAGCCGCACUACCUGGCCAACUGGAUCCAGGCGCUAUUCGACUCGCUGCCCGCGGAAGACGUGAAGGGCUCGCUGCUCGUGCUGGGCGGCGAUGGCCGUUACUUCAACCGCGAGGCCGCGCAGGAGAUCAUCAAGAUCGCCGCUGGUAACGGCGUCGGGAAGAUUCUCGUCGGCAAGUGCCCUCUCCGCUUCUUCUCACUUCCCGUUUCUUCCCCCGCUAUCUCCGCUCUCUCCGCCUGCAGGGAUGGCGUCAUGUCCACGCCCGCCGUGUCGGCCGUCAUCCGCAAGCAGAAGGCGUACGGCGGGUUCAUCAUGAGCGCGAGCCACAACCCGGGCGGGCCCAAGUACGACUGGGGCAUCAAGUUCAACUACAGCAGCGGCCAGCCCGCGCCCGAGUCCAUCACCGACAAGAUCUACGGCAACACGCUCUCCAUCAAGGAGAUCAAGCAGGCGGAGAUCCCUGACGUGGACCUGGCCAAGACCGGCACGACCAAGUUCGGGUCGUUCGAGGUGGAGGUCGUCGACCCCGUCGCCGACUACCUUGAGCUCUUCAAGCAAGUGUUCGACUUCGACAUGAUCCGCGCGCUCGUGACGCGCCCCGACUUCUCACUCAAGUUCGACGCCAUGCACGCCGUCACCGGCGCGUACGCCAAGCCCAUCCUCGUCGACGCGCUCGGCGCGCCCGAGUCGGCAAUCAUCAACGGCACGCCGCUCGAGGACUUCGGCGGCGGCCACCCCGACCCGAACCUGACCUAUGCGGAGGAGCUCGUGAAGAUCAUGUACGCCCCCGAUGCGCCCGAUUUCGGCGCCGCAUCGGACGGCGACGGCGACCGCAACAUGAUCCUCGGGAACAACUUCUUCAUCACGCCGUCCGAUUCCGUCGCGAUCAUCGCCGCCAACGCGCAAGCCGCCAUUCCGUACUUCGCCGCCGGCCCCAAGGGCCUCGCGCGCUCCAUGCCCACCUCCGCCGCGCUCGACCGCGUCGCGACGGGCCUAAAACUGCCGUUCUUCGAGGUCCCCACCGGGUGGAAGUUCUUCGGGAAUCUCAUGGACGCGGGUACGCUGAGCAUCUGCGGAGAGGAGAGCUUCGGAACCGGAUCGGAUCACAUUCGGGAGAAGGACGGGCUGUGGGCGGUGCUUGCGUGGCUGUCCAUCCUCGCGUAUCGCAACAAGGACGUGCCUGUUGGCGGGAAGCUGGUGUCGGUGGGUGACGUGGCGCGCGAGCACUGGGCGCAGUACGGGCGGAAUUUCUUCUCGCGGUACGACUACGAGGAGUGCGCGUCGGAGGGCGCGAACGCCAUGGUGGCGCACCUGAGGGAGAUUCUCGCGGCCGCCAAGCCUGGGGACAAAUACGGUGCAUACGAGUUGGCGCUAGCGGACGACUUUGAGUACACGGACCCCGUGGAUGGCAGCGUGGCCAGCCAGCAGGGCAUCCGCUUCGUCUUCACCGACGGCUCCCGAAUCAUCUUCCGCCUCUCCGGCACGGGCAGUGCAGGAGCCACCAUCCGAGUGUACGUGGAGCAGUACGAGCCGGACGUGGCCCGCCAUGGCCUCGACGCCCAGGAGGCCCUCAAGCCCCUCAUCGACAUUGCUCUGUCGGUGUCGAAGCUCCAAGAGUUCACUGGUCGCGACAAGCCCACCGUCAUCACCUAG